AUGACGCCUCAGCAAAGGGCGACGUGGUCGAUGCCCAUCGACUUGACCGCCUCGACCGGAUCUUCCCCGCUCUCAUCGAACCACAACUCCGAUCACCAACAACAGGGUGACCACCUUCAAAACACGCCCUCUCCGGUGCAAUCGAGUGCCAGCCCUCACUCCCAACAUUCCGAGCCCUCGCCCUUCCAGGCCACCAGCCCGCUGACCGACUGGGCACUUCAGCAACAGCAGCAGCAACUGGCCCCGAGCGAUUUCACCCAGUUCAUCCAAGAUCCAAACUUUCUCACCUUUCCAGCCAUUCCGCCCAACUUCCAACCUAGCCCCCUGGACUACCUGCCGACAACGCAGGCCUCGCUUCACGCUGGCCUUCCUUUAGAAUCUCCGUUCCCAGGUCUCCCUUCGGUUGAGGAUGCGGCGGCUCAGACAAUGCACUGGGGCGGGAUAGGGAUUCAGGACGGUUGGCAGGAGUUCGCCGCCACGCUUCCUCUCGACGGGCUUCAUCAUCGCAUCGACAGUAUCGGCAGUAACUCUCCCACGGGCACCUUUCUCUCGCUUGGCUCCAGCCCCGAAGGCUGGGCUCUGGUGGACUUUGGACCUUUCGAUCAACUUGGCCAGACCACGAAUCCCGCCAUCUUCAACCCGAGCCAGACGCUACACCUCCGCACUAACUCCGACUCGUCCGAUGGCGCCGGCUCAAUGGAAUUUGGAAGUUUCGAAGAAGUCGCCCCAUUCCCGUAUUCUCCCUUCUCUCCCGACUCGGAUGGUUAUGUCGACACCUCAUCCCAUCGCAACUGCUUCCCUAACGAGAUGCAUAUUGCCCAUCAUACGCACGACGUUCCGCUCCAGCCCAUCAAGCGGCUCCGGAUCCACCUCGCCUCCUGCCACGAACAGCCGCAGAAACUCGGGCCCCGCAAGAGCCCCAUUGCCAAGGCGACGAAGCCGGUCAUCCGCCGCUCCUCAACCGGCAAGAAGGAUGGAACCGGGGAGAAGAAGGUCGGCCGUCGCCGGGGUCCUUUGCUUCCUGAACAGCGAAAGCAGGCCAGUGAGAUCAGGAAACUCCGUGCCUGUCUUCGUUGCAAAUUCCUUAAGAAGACGUGUGACAAGGGCGAGCCUUGCGCCGGCUGCCAACCCUCUCAUGCCCGUUUGUGGCAGGUCCCGUGCACUCGUAUCGACAUCAAGGAUAUCGGCUACUUCAUGAAGGAUUGGAAGGCUGACUAUGAGCGUCAUCUUAUGCGCGGCGUGUCGGUAUUCAACGUCAAGGGCUUCUCUCAGAAGGAGACGACCAUGUGGAUCACACACGGCUAUGGCUUUGCACUCCCCGUCUCUGUUCGUGAAGUCUACGUCACGGAUCAGAGCUGCUUCCAGCUUGAUUGGGUUGAAUCCUGCCAUGAGCAAGAGCCUAUCAACUUUGAAAUCCCCACCGAACAGCUUGAUGUUGGCGUGGAAGGGAUAUCCGUCAAGGCACUCUCUGAGUACCUGGACCAGCAUAUUGAUGGACCUUUUGAGGAAUUCAUCGCCGAUCACUUUGAGGGCACUCCGUUCGUGACUGAGAUCCUGGCCACGGCUCACCGCUAUUACGUCAAGGAAAAGUCUCCCGUCAUCCGAAAGGCCCUCAAGCUGGUCCUUGCCUAUAACCUUACCCUCCACAUCACUCUUGUUGAGAACCAGGGGUCCGAGGUUCAGCUCGAAGGCCAGAUUGACGAUGAGGAGUCAAAGUUUUACGGAAGGGUCGUCGCUCCUGUUAUGGUCAAUUUCCAGAUCAAGUGCGCCAUGGCCGACAUGUGGCGAGAACUCCAGAAGGACAUCCUGGAAGAACUUUCCGCGCUGUACUCCAGCGUCUACAGCGGCGAGAGACUCAAGAACUGGCCUACCAUUUUCAUGCUGGCGUCUAUCCUCUUGGCCGUCUGGGAGGAGAUGCAGUUCGACUGCCACUACCGCGUGCCAGACCCGGCGGCGGUCAGCAAGUUCUGCACCGACAUGGAAACUACUCCCGUUGGUGUCAUUAUUGGCCUCUUCCACGCCAUCUCCCAGAAGCUCCCUAAUUUCAUCGACUGGGAUACUGAGAAGCACGGCCACAUCCUUAACAACAACGUGGCCGUUUGCGAGGCCAUGACGGAAGUGCGGCAACAUGUCAUUAAGCAUGAGUCGUAUCUCAGGACCCGGCCCGAAUCCAAGUUUGAUCCAUCCGAUUUUGACUCAUUGUCAAACAAGUUCCUGUCCAAACUUGUGAUUCGCGCCAACUAA